AAUCAGAAAUGUUUAGGCGUCGACACUUAUAAGUAGGGCCUUACACACAUAUUCGUUUGUUAUAGCUUUGCAGUUCCAAUUAGAAAGUAGUGCAUUGGACAAUGGAUGAGAGCAAUAUGCGCAUGCGGCGUCCGAUCCUUUCUUUCUUUAUGCUGUUUCUUCUUCUUGCACUUGAAAUCCACGCAUCAGUUGUUUUGUCGCCUGCUCCUCAGCCUCAACCACCCAACACUUUUACGUACGGUACAACUCCUGGCAGCCUCCAUCCUGAAGAAUGCGGGGGGCGGUGCAGGAGUCGAUGCUCGAAAACAGCGUUCAAGAAGCCAUGUAUGUUUUUCUGUGAAAAAUGCUGUGCGAAAUGCCUGUGUGUGCCUCCGGGGACCUAUGGGAACAAGCACUUGUGCCCUUGUUACAAUAACUGGAAGACUAAGAGAGGUGGACCAAAAUGCCCUUGAUUCUAUUUUCAUCUGCUUUUUUUAAUUACCCCUCAUCAAUCCUUUUCAUCUAUCUUAAUUCAAAAUUAAGAGAGGAGCUCCGGUCCAGCUGGGAUACUCCUUUUCGUCUUAUUUCAUUAUUUUAUGCACCUCGUUGAAUAUUACUCCACAUUUUAAAUACAA